AUGUCUUAUACCGAUAAUCCCUAUGAAAAUGAUGGGGAAAAUAAUGAUAAUUGUGAGAAGAACGGCCUGUCAUCAGUAAUUAUUAAUGGAAAACAAGAGAUUGAUAGUUCUAGUUCAUAUUCACCCAUUGACCAAUCUAACAAAUUCAAAGGUUUAGAUAAUCAGGCCGAAAAUAAUAUUAGAAAUUUAGCUCGUACAUUCACCAAUAAUUCCAUUUCCCAAUCUAAUGUCCAAAAAUCUUUUCAUGAUAAUACUGACAGCAAUAAUAAUAAUAGCCUCUACUCAGAUAACAAUGAUGCCAAAACUAAUAUAUGCGCUUUUUCUGAUAGUUCUGACAAAAAUUACGAUCCUAGACUAGAUCCUAAUAGCGAUAAAUUUUCUUCUGUUUGUUGGGUUCAAAACUUGAGCAGGAUUAUGAACAAUGAUCCUGAUUACUAUAAACCUUAUGUUUUGGGCUGCUGCUAUAAAAACUUAAGAGCUAGCGGUGAUUCCAAUGAUGUUUCUUAUCAAUCAACCAUUGGCAAUAUGCCAAUCAAGAUCCUUCAAUUUAUCUAUCGCCAUUUAAGGAGAAAGAGAGAGGGUGACACCUUUGAUAUUUUAAAAUCUAUGGAUGGUCUAAUAAAACCAGGUGAAUUAUUGGUUGUUUUGGGUAGACCUGGUUCUGGUUGUACUACCUUGUUGAAAUCUAUUUCUGCUAAUACCCACGGUUUUAGUAUUGAUCCAGAGAGUAUUAUUUCAUAUGAAGGUCUAACUCCAAAAGAAAUUAAAAAACAUUAUAGAGGAGAUGUUGUUUAUAACGCUGAGGCUGAUAUCCAUUUCCCUCAUUUGACUGUUUAUCAGACUUUGAAUACUGUUGCUCGGUUAGUCACCCCAAGAAAUCGUAUUAAAGGAGUUAGCAGAGAAGAAUUUGCCAAACACAUCACGGAAGUCACCAUGGCCACCUAUGGUUUGAGUCAUACACGAGAUACCAAAGUGGGUGACGAUUUUAUUCGUGGUGUUUCUGGUGGUGAGCGCAAGAGAGUUUCUAUCUCUGAAGUUUCUAUUUGUGGUUCCAAAUUCCAAUGUUGGGAUAACGCUACUAGAGGGUUGGAUUCUGCUACUUCAUUGGAAUUUGUAAAAGCCUUAAAAACAAGUGCAGAUAUCACCAAUUCCAGUGCCUGUGUUGCCAUUUACCAAUGUUCGCAAGAUGCCUAUAACUUGUUUAACAAAGUUUCUGUUUUGAGUGAGGGGUAUCAGAUUUUUUUCGGGUAUGGUAAUAGGGCCAAAAAAUACUUUGAGGAAAUGGGAUAUGUCUCGCCAGCAAGACAAACAACGGCUGAUUUUUUAACGGCCGUCACCAAUCCAGCUGAACGUAUUAUUAAUCCUGAUUAUAUUAAGCGUGGAAUUAAGGUGCCAACUACUGCCGAAGAAAUGGAACACUAUUGGAAGAAUUCACAAGACUAUAAACAAUUGCUAGUAGACAUUGAUGAAUAUUUGAAAAAAAAUGACGAUGUUGCCAAAAAAGAAAUUCAUGAGGCUCACGUUGCCAGACAAUCAAAGAGAUCUAGACCAAGUUCGCCGUAUAUAUUGAAUUAUAAUAUGCAAGUAAGAUAUUUAUUGAUUAGAAAUUUCCAAAGAAUAAGAAAUAAUAUGGGGUUGACGCUAUUUACUGUGAUUGGUAAUUCUGCAAUGGCUCUACUUUUAUCUUCAAUGUUUUAUAAAGUCAUGCUGCACACUACAGCAGCAACAUUUUAUUCCCGUGGUGCCAGUAUGUUUAUAGCCGUUUUGUUCAACGCCUUCUCGUCCUUAUUAGAAAUUAUGUCUUUGUUUGAAGCUAGACCAAUUGUGGAAAAACACAAGAGAUAUGCCUUAUACCACCCAUCUGCUGAAGCACUUUCGUCUGUCAUUUCCGAGUUACCAUCCAAGGCUAUAGUUUGUUUGUGUUUUAAUAUUGUGUUUUACUUCAUGGUAAAUUACAGAAGAAAGCCCGGAUUUUUCUUUUUCUUUUUACUCAUGAAUGCUUUGUGUACAUUGGGUAUGUCGCAUAUUUUCAGAUGUAUCGGUUCUGCCUCCAACAGUUUCCCGGAAGCAAUGGUCCCAGCUUGUAUCUUUUUGUUAGCCAUGGCUAUGUUUGCUGGGUUUGUUAUUCCAAAAACUAAAAUGUUGCUUUGGUCCAAGUGGAUUUAUUGGAUCAAUCCUAUCCAAUACAUUUUUGAAUCCUUGAUGAUCAACGAGUUUCACGGUAGGGAAUUUUUAUGUGAAGAAUUCAUCCCAAGAGGCCCCGGUUAUUCUGAUGUAUCUUUAACUAAUCAGGUAUGCUCCAGUGUUGGUGCUGUAGCUGGGGAGUCCUAUGUUAGCGGUGAUAGGUUUUUAGAAUUGGCUUAUGGCUAUCUGCACAAACACAAAUGGCGGGGGUUUGGUGUGGCUUGUGCCUAUGCAGUUUUCUUUUUGGGUGUUUAUUUGGUUUUCAGUGAAUAUAACGAAAGCGCAAAACAAAAGGGUGAAGUUUUGGUUUUCCCAGCUAGUGUCGUUAGAAGAAUGAAAAAGUUGCAUCCUAAAAAGAAGCUUGAUAUCGAAAGCGGUGGUGAUAACGAAAAAAUGGCAUCAGCUCCAAAUAAAGAACUUGUUUUGAAUGAUUCCUCUAAUUCCACUUCCAGCAGCAAUAAUGAGGAGUUCAACUUGUUUACAUCGAAUGCUAUUUUCCACUGGAGGGAUGUAAAAUAUGAAGUUAAGAUUAAAAAUGAAACUAAAAGGAUUCUAGAUGGGGUUGAUGGAUGGGUUAAACCAGGUACUUUAACUGCGUUGAUGGGUGCUUCAGGUGCUGGUAAGACCACAUUGUUGGAUUGUUUAGCUUCACGUGUCACUAUGGGUGUUAUCACUGGGAAUAUUUUUGUUGAUGGUCAUGUGCGUGAUAAUUCAUUUCCCAGAUCUAUUGGCUAUUGUCAGCAACAGGAUUUGCAUUUGAGUACAGCAACAGUUAGGGAAUCUUUAAGGUUUUCAGCUUAUCUAAGACAACCAAGUUCUGUUUCCAAGCAAGAAAAAGAUGAGUAUGUGGAGGAAGUGAUUAGAAUUUUGGAAAUGGAACAAUACGCUGAUGCGGUUGUUGGUGUUUCUGGUGAAGGUUUGAAUGUGGAACAAAGAAAGAGAUUGACUGUUGGUGUUGAAUUAGCAGCCAAACCCAAAUUAUUGUUGUUUUUAGAUGAACCUACUUCCGGGUUAGAUUCGCAGACAGCUUGGUCUAUCUGUCAAUUGAUGAGAAAGUUGGCUGAUAAUGGCCAAGCUAUUUUAUGUACCAUUCACCAGCCUUCUGCUUUGUUGAUGCAAGAGUUUGACAGAUUAUUGUUUAUGCAACGUGGAGGUAAAACCGUCUAUUUUGGAGAUUUGGGCAAAGGUUGUAAAACAAUGAUCAACUAUUUCGAAGAAAAUGGUGCUCAUAAGUGCCCAGAGGAUGCUAAUCCUGCCGAAUGGAUGUUGGAGAUUAUUGGCGCUGCUCCUGGCACACAUGCAAACCAAGAUUAUCAUGAAGUUUGGCUAAAAAGUGAGGAACAUGCUAAAGUUAUUGAAGAAUUAACCCAUAUGGAACAAACUCUUCCAAAAAAGGCUUCCAAUAAUAGUACCGAAGAGGACCAAAAGUCAUUAAGCUCUGAAUUCGCCACCAGUAUUUUUUAUCAAUGCCGUUUGGUUACUGUGCGUUUAUUUCAACAGUAUUGGAGAACACCAUCUUAUUUAUAUUCCAAGUUUUUUUUAACUAUCUAUGCUGAAUUAUUUAUUGGGUUCACUUUUUUCAAAGCAGACCAUAGUUUACAAGGUUUGCAAAAUCAAAUGUUGUCGGUUUUCAUGUUUACUGUGUUAUUUACACCUGUGCUACAACAAUAUUUGCCUAAUUUUACCAAACAAAGAGAUUUAUACGAGGUCAGAGAAAGGCCUUCAAGAACUUUUUCUUGGAAGGUUUUUAUUGUGUCGCAAAUUAUCGUUGAAGUUCCAUGGAAUGUGUUAACAGGUACAGUUGCUUAUUUCAUCUAUUACUAUCCAGUAGCCUUUUACAGAAAUGCGCCAACAUCUGAGCAAUUGCAUGAAAGAGGUGCAUUAUUUUGGUUAUUAUCGACAGCUUUUUUCACAUAUAUUGGCUCUUAUGCUUUGAUGGUGGCUACCCCAUUUGAAAUAGCUGGGAAUGGUGGUAAUUUAGCCACUUUAACAUUCACCCUAUUGCUAGCAUUUUGCGGUGUUUUAGUUACUCCCAAAGCAAUGCCUCGUUUUUGGAUUUUUAUGUAUAGGGUCUCACCAUUAACUUAUUUUAUUGAUGGUGCUUUAUCUACUGCUGUGGCUAACACUUAUGUUAAAUGUUCGCCAUAUGAAUAUGUGCAGCUAAUUCCACCAGCUGGUAAAACAUGCCAAGAAUAUUUGGGUACAUAUUUAACUAAUGCUGGUACUGGCUACCUACUUGAUCCCAAUGCUACUGGCACAUGCUCAUUGUGCACGGUUUCUGAUACCAAUGCGUUUUUAAGUAGUGUCUCGUCUCAUUAUUCCAAAAGGUGGAGAAAUUGGGGUAUUUUUAUUUGUUAUAUCGCGAUUAAUUAUAUCUUUGCUAUUUUCUUUUAUUGGGUGUUUAGGGUCCCAAAGAAUAAUAAAAUAACAAACUAUCUAAAAAACCUAAUUAGACGUUAA